AUGGCUCCACCCUUCACUUACAUUCCAAAUAAAGGUACACGUAAAGCUCCCAACACACCAUCAAAUCCUAUUGUGAUAAAUGCUACCAAAUUCAAAAAUAAGGGGUUAGAAGCUUUUGUUCAAUUUUUGAAAGGUCAUCCUUUACGAUAUGCUCUUACCGGUUGUAUAGUUUCAUUCGUUCUCAAGCAUGUUUGGGAGUUCUACUAUGCAUUAACUUAUGAUCAGCAAUCAGAUACUAUUCAAGUAACCAUCAAAAACAUAAAUUAUGUAGUUUUGUUCACUGUGGAAGCCAUUAGGGAUGCUCUUCGACUUCCCAAUCUGAUCCAAUACUCAAAUAUUUCUUCAAAUGAUCAGUGUACGCAAGUUUUGGCGAAUUCAGGUUAUGAUCCCUCUAAACAAGAUAAUCAACCUGGCUUGGUCCUCUGA